CCGCCCUCUGGCUUCCCUGGUCCGCCCUCGGGCCGCCCGCCGGACCAUCCGGGCUCCCCGGGUCCGCCCUCGGGCCGCCCGCCGGACCCUCCUGGCUCCCCGGGUCCGCCCUCUGGCUUCCCUGGUCCGCCCUCGGGCUGCCCGCCGGUCCCUCCUGGCCCCCCUGGUCUGCCCUCGGGCUCCCCUGUUCCACCGGACCCUCAUGGCUCCCCUGUUCCGCCCUCGGCCUGCCCGCCGGAUCUCCCUGGCUCUCCUGCUCUGCAUUCAACCUGCCCCCCUGAACUUCCUGGCUCCCCCUGUCCGCCCUCAGGCUGCCCGUCGGACCAACCUGGCCCCCCUGAACCCCUUGGUCCCCCUGCUCCGCCCCCGGGACGUCCGCCCGAACCCCUUGGUCCCCCUGCUCCGCCCUCGGGACGUCCGCCCGAACCCC